AUGGCCAAGACACCCAGCAAGCAAUCCGCCAAGACCCCCAAGAAAGCCGCCGGAGGCUCCAAGAAGUCCAAGAAGCGUACAGAGACAUAUUCCUCCUACAUCUACAAGGUGUUGAAACAGGUCCACCCCGAUACUGGUAUCUCCAAGAAGGGAAUGUCCAUCAUGAAUUCCUUCAUCAAUGACAUCUUUGAGCGCAUUGCCACUGAGGCUGGUAAGCUUGCCACCUACAACAAGAAGGCCACCUUGAGCAGUCGUGAAAUCCAAACCGCUGUCCGAUUGAUGCUUCCCGGGGAGUUAGCAAAGCACGCCGUCAGUGAAGGUACCAAAGCUGUUACCAAAUUUUCCUCGGCCUGA